AUGGAGGUGGAGUCAGCAGGGCCGAGCGGCGCUGCAGCAGCGCCUGAGGCGGCCGCUGGCCCCUCCGACCUCUCGGGGUCCAGCAGCAGCAGCGCCGCCGCCACCAGCAGCAGCAGCAGCAGCAGCAGCAGCAGCAGCAGCAGCAGCAGCAGCAGCAGCAGCAGCGUGCCCGAGCGGCGCUUCGAAGUCAAGAAGUGGAGUGCUGUGGCCCUCUGGGCUUGGGACAUUGUGGUGGACAAUUGUGCAAUUUGCAGAAACCACAUAAUGGACUUGUGCAUAGAGUGCCAGGCCAACCAGCAGCACCGGCAGCAGCCGACAGAACAGCAGCAGCAGCAGCAGCAGGCAUAG